GCCGGAGCCAUUUGGGCGAAGAACGCGUGGCUGCCCGGAGCGCUUCAGCGGGUGCUCUAGUGACGGCGGGAACCACCAUGGCGGGUGGAUGGUAAUGCCGGUGACGGUCCGAAAACUCGCCUCCGUCUGUACCAUGGGCACCAGUGCGUCUGCUGCUUUGGAGAAAGAGAUUGGUGUAAAAGGUGUAGAACAGAUUCCUGGGGAUGAACAUUACUUUGGCUUGGUCAAUUUUGGCAAUACCUGCUAUUGCAACUCUGUUCUGCAGGCACUUUACUUUUGUCGUCCGUUUCGGGAAAAGGUUUUGGCUUACAAGGUCCAGCCGCACAAAAAGGAAACCCUUUUGACAUGCCUCUCAGAGCUUUUCAACGACAUCGCCACACAAAAGAUGAAGGUGGGGGUCAUCCCUCCCAAGAAAUUUAUUUCCCAGCUGCGGAAAGACAACGAACUCUUCAACAACACCAUGCAACAGGACGCACAUGAAUUACUGAACUACCUGCUGAACAGGAUUGCUGACUUACUACGAGAUGAGAAGAAGCAGGAAAAGCAAAAUGGCAAGCUGCGGAAUAGAAGCAAAGGGGAGAAGGUGGACCACACUUGGGUCCAUGAAAUCUUCCAGGGGACACUAACCAAUGAAACCAGAUGUCUUACCUGUGAAUCUGUUAGCAGCAAAGAUGAGGACUUUCUGGACCUUUCAAUUGAUGUGGAACAAAAUACAUCAAUAACACACUGUUUGAGGAAAUUCAGUAAUUCUGAGACUCUGUGCAGUGAUCAAAAAUACUACUGUGAGCAGUGUCGCAGCAAACAGGAAGCGCAAAAGAGGAUGCGAGUGAAAAAGUUGCCCAUCAUUCUUUCUCUGCACUUGAAAAGAUUCAAAUACAUAGACCACCUGCAUCGAUAUACCAAACUUUCCUACCGUGUAGUCUUUCCUUUGGAGCUUCGACUCUUCAACACUUCAGGAGAUGCUUCAAACCCAGAUAGGAUGUAUGAUCUUGUGGCUGUAGUUAUUCAUUGCGGCAGUGGUCCAAACCGUGGACAUUACAUCACCAUUGUGAAGAGUCAUGGUUUUUGGUUGCUGUUUGACGAUGAUAUUGUAGAGAAAAUUGAUGCUAAAGCAAUUGAAGAAUUCUAUGGAGUAACACCGGACGGUUCCAAAAACUCAGAAUCUGGAUAUAUCCUCUUCUAUGAAUCAAGGCACUAAGUCAGUGCACUUUGAAGCAUCUUGCAUGUUUUCAGAAAAGGAACCAAGCCCCUGCUCAGAUAGGACAUUGUAGUGAUAGUAAAAUCAAUACCUCAUCAUUGCCAUAGGACCACAGGACGUCACCAGGACAUAAACUGGGACAUUUUCUCAAGGACGACAACUGCCAUUAGCAAGAAGGCAUCUUGCUUUGGGUUUCUUUCUGGGCUAUUUUAUACUUGUUAUCUUCCCAAAUCUGUGUUACCUCUACUUGAAAUAUGCCUGCUUGAACAUUCAAGAACCAAGGAAAUAUUUUUUUGUUUUUCAGUAGCAUUAUACAGUUAGUUCAUCAUUCAGGGUUGAUGGCCUGAGACUGUCCCUUGGUUUCUAUUUCUCCUGUUUUUUUUCUGUAUUCUAGCAGAAUGAUUUCAGUCUUCAGUGUCAGCUCAAGACCUGUUUUAGGGUGUGAGUUGCAGAAAGUUGCUGACUGCUAUUGGUGGCCCAAAACAGGAUUGCUGCCAGAUUAAAUUGUAUUGGAAAUAUCAUGCCUUUAAUUCUGUGUGUUGCAAAAAAGAAAAGAAAAAGUUGUUCCUAUAGUGUUGUGAAUUUCCUCAAAGGGUAGCAUCUUGAUUUCAGACAACACUAUUCUUAUUCUUCAUUUAUCCCCACUUUGUUUUUCCCCAAAAUCUUAUUGAAAUGUUAUUUUUAUGUGUUUUAUAAUGUAUUCGCUACUCAAAGCCGCAAUAUUGCAGAAUCUAAAGGAGCAAAAAGUAGAUGGAAGUCUUUGAGGACCUGUAAGCUGAAUUGAUUGUAUUUCUUGGAGCUCUUAUAUAAGCCAAAAGUGCCCUCUACUGAAAAUAGAUAUAUUUGUUGUUUGUUUCAGCGUAUAACAAACUCUACCCACACAAACAAAAAGGCAGUUUUUGGAAUGAAUCUACAUUCUAUAAGUACCUAUUAAGAGGCAACACUAAUUCUGAGAAUUAAUGAACAAAUCAUCCUUGUUUUGGAAACGGUGGGAGUUUAAGAAGAAAUAACUGAGGUCAACAUGUACCGAUACCUUGAGAAGUAUCCAAUUUAAGUGGAUUUAAGUGGACCAUGUAUAAUUGCCGAGUUCUUGAUUGGCUGCUGCUUCAACAGAAAAACAAGGCUGUCUCAUGAAGACUGAAUUUCACUUAGUGUCUGUUUACCAGAUCUGCUGACCCUGUUUAUCCUGCCACCUGAAUUGGUCACCACUGUGCCUCCUGGGUGGGGUGGUCCAGGGUCCAGUGACCAGUUUUGGCUAUGGGGAGUCUUUGUUGUGCCUAAAUUGACAUUCUCACCUGAAAUGGCUUCCCAGCAUGUUCAAGUGGAGGGAGACACUUUGAGCAGUCCUCUAAAAACAUCAGGAUUGCCUCCAUUGUAGCAAUGGGAAACAUGCGCAGCAGCUCCUUGUAAGCGUUAGAGCACAUGGAACUCUGUACUGGGACACAUGAGUGGAAAUGGAGAUUCAGCCUUCCAUUUGGUUGUAACAUUAAAGCCACCUCUGCUUGUCCCAAAGCAGCCCUCCGUAUCAUGCUCACUGUCAAGGAGGAGGAGAUCUACUUAAUUGCAAUUCCAUAACUUGUGCUCUGGCUCCACCCCCCCCCCAAAAAAACCCCAACCAUUAUGUGCAAACAUCACGUCACAUUCUCUUAAUGUCUUCUUACACAAUUGUCUCCCCGGCAGAAUUCUGCUAGCAACAAAUUCUGCAAUUAAAAACGGACAAACUGUCAGGUUUCAGUAUUCACACUUCAACCACUUCAGGGAGAAAACUGAUGUUGCCUAAUAUAUUAAUGCCCAAAUAUGCAAAAGUAAUCUUUUCUUCAGAGGUUGUCAUCACUAAUAAAAUAAGUCUUUGACAACUGGCUCUUGAUAAUGCGUUACAUGUGAAUGUUCUCUUGGCUAGAAAUCCACCCGUAAAGACCCAAAAUGGGGCCGUUAAGCAAAGCCUGUCAUCUUGUAGGUCUUCGGAGGAAGGUCACAGGUGUGAAGGCACGCACUAAACAGCAAAUGGCAGAGUAAUGUAGGAGAACAUAAGGCAGAACAUAGGACCACUCACUUCUAUUUUGUAUAAUUGGUGAUAAUCCUUUUACAAAUAAAACGCCUUGUAAGAAAUAGAAAAUAUUAAGAGAUAUAUAUACUAUAGAUUAAAAGUGCACUUUUGCUACAGUUUCUAUUGUGAAGAGAGUGGUUUGAUGCUGCUUCUGUAUAAUUAAAUGACUGCCGAAAUGUUUCCAAUAAAAGAUUGAGUAUGGUGAAAUGCAUGAAAUGUA